CGAUAACCACCACCACAACGACCCUCUGAACCCAUUCUUUUCUUUAUCCCACCACAACCAUGGCCGCCGAUCUCAAGAUCAAACUGAACGACGGCCGUGAAAUACCAGCCAUCGGUCUAGGGACUUGGCAAUCACAGCCUGGUGAAGUCGAGAAUGCCGUCGCCCACGCCAUCAAAGAGGCGGGAUACCGUCACAUUGACUGUGCUUGGGUCUAUGGAAACGAGAAGGAAGUGGGAGAUGGUAUCAAGGCCUCUGGUGUUCCUAGAGAUCAACUUUGGAUCACCGGUAAAGUCUGGUGCACCUACCACACUCGAGUCGAAGAGUCCCUAAAUGAGACUCUGGAGAAACUGGGAACUGACUACCUCGACUUAUUCCUUAUCCACUGGCCUGUUCCCUUGAACCCUAAAGGCAAUCACCCCGCUUUCCCUACCCUGCCCGACGGCAAGCGGGACGUGGAUCACUCCUGGAAACUCUCCGAUACGUGGAAACAGAUGGAGGCUCUGCAGAAGGCUGGGAAGGUUAAAUCAAUUGGAGUGUCUAACUUUUCGGAGGCAAAGCUCGCAGAGAUACUUCCGUCAGCGGAGGUUAUUCCUGCCGUUAACCAGCUCGAACUUCAUCCGUACAACCCACAGCACGAGUUGGUUGCUUUCCUUAAAUCGAAAGGAAUAGUCGCACAAGCCUAUUCCCCGCUUGGGUCAGCUGGCUCCCCGCUCCUCCAGGACGAGACCGUGGUUCGUAUCGCGGAGAAACAUGGGUUGCAACCCGCGUUCGUGCUCCUUGGAUAUUUGCUUUCGAAGGGAAUUCCCGUCGUCCCCAAGUCCGUAACUCCUGCACGAAUCUCGGCCAACAUCGAAGGAGCGGCUGCUGCCUUCAAGAAGUUGGAGCAGGCUGACAUCGCUGAACUUGAUAAGCUCGCCGCCGAGGGCAAGCAACGAAGAUUCAUCACACCCCCAUGGCCUGUUGACCUUGGGUUCAAGGAUUGGAAAAACCCUGUUUAA